CUUACGAACAAGACUAAGUCUUGUUAAACCUACAGUUGGAGGAGAGAUUCGAGACAGACAGGAGAGCCAAACAGAAGCUGCAUCCAGACAUCGUGAGAUGUUACCUGGAGAAUCAGUGGCAGUAUGGAACCCAAGACAAGAUAGUGGGGGACGGUGGCUCUCUGGAACAGUAGUCCAGAAACUGGGACGGAGCAACUAUCUUGUAAAUGUGAAUGGUCAGGCUAGGUAUGUUCAUGUUGACCAUAUAUUACAUCGUGAUAUCACAAAUUUUCCACAGGAUGUACAUCAGGAGCAAACUUCCAAUACUCAUGAUAGUACAGCGACUAUGAUUCCACCACAAGCUGGAAAUUAUUCCGAAGUGAAUGCUGAGAAGACAAUCUCAUCAACGGACUCUACUGGGGAAUACUCAGUACCAACUACUCCUAGCCACCCUGAGUUAACAGAGACACAGUCGGAACAGACUGAUAACAUGCCAACAAAGAAACCAAUUGAGAAGUCAACAGAGAGAGAAAAUCGACGAUAUCCCACAAGGAACAAUAGAAGACACCCCAGGAGAUAUCGAGAGAUUUAGUGGAAGGGAGUGUAGUAGAGUAAGCGAUUAUGGGACUGCCCCUAGUACUCAUUAGCAUACAUAUAGACUAUGACACUAUAUAGUACUUUGUGUAGUGUGGUAUAGUAUUGCGUACACACUGUAAGCGAACUGCAAUAGAGUAGAUAGUCGGUAACGACGCAACAGACGCCAUUUCUUGAGUACUGCUUGUCGAGAGCGAGAGACUGCUGGUCAAGAUGAAGUCGCCUGAU